GUCCUCCUCCCCCUUUCCCUCGCUCCUGCUCCAACUCCAACUCCGGCCGGCGUUGCCUUUGCGAACCUGCCGCCGCCUCCACAUCCAAAUCCGGCCCGGCCCGGCCCAGGUGACCCCGGAGCCCCAUGUCCUAGUUCAGGACGGGCCCCCGGACCCCCCGCGCCGGGGCCAUGAACGGGGCGGUGGCGCUACAGGUGCUGGGCGCGCUGGGCGUGCUGGGCGGGCUGCUGAGCCCGGCCCGGGGCUCCGACCUGGCCAGUUCGCAGGCAGUGUGCACGGGGACCCUCAAUGGGCUCAGCGUGACCGGGGAUGCCGAAAACCAGUACCAGACCCUGCACAAGAUGUAUAAUCAGUGCGAGGUGGUCAUGGGGAACCUGGAGAUUGUGCUGACCGGACACAGCCCGGACCUGUCCUUCCUGCAGUGGAUCCGGGAGGUGACGGGCUACGUCCUGGUGGCCAUGAACGAGUUCUCGGAGCUGCCGCUGCCCAACCUGAGGGUGGUGCGGGGCGCUCAGCUCUACGAGGGCAAGUUCGCGCUCUUCGUCCUGCUCAACUACAACACCAACAGCAGCCACGCUCUGCGCCAGCUCCGCCUCACCCAGCUCACCGAGAUCCUGGCCGGAGGAGUUUAUAUCGAACGCAACGAGAAGCUCUGCCACAUGGACACCAUAGACUGGAAGGACAUCGUGCGGGACCCCCGGGCCGAGAUCGUGGUCAAGAGCAACGGGCAGAGUUGUCCUCCGUGCCACGAGAAGUGUGGUGGCAAGUGCUGGGGUCCCGGGCCAGAGAACUGCCAGACCUUGACCAAGACGAUCUGCGCUCCCCAGUGUAACGGGCACUGCUUUGGCCCCAACCCCAACGAGUGCUGCCAUGACGAGUGUGCGGGGGGCUGCGCGGGACCCCGGAACUCCGACUGCUUCGCCUGUCGACACUUCAAUGACAGCGGGGCCUGCGUCAACCGGUGUCCGUUGCCCCUCAUCUACAACCAGCUCAUGUUCCAGCUCGAGCCGAACCCCAACAUCAAAUUCCAGUUUGGGGGGGUCUGUGUGGCCAGCUGUCCCCAUAACUUCGUGGUGGACCAGACCUCGUGUGUCCGCGCCUGCCCCGGAGACAAGAUGGAGGUGGAGAGAGGCGGGGGGCUGCGUUUCUGUGAGCCCUGCGGGGGGCUGUGCCCCAAAGCCUGCGAGGGGACGGGCUCCGGGAGCCGCUUCCAGACCGUGGACUCCAGCAACAUUGACCGGUUCGUGAACUGCACCAAGAUCCUGGGCAACCUGGACUUCCUGGUCACUGGCCUGCAAGGGGACCCCUGGCACAACAUCUCCGCCCUGGAUCCGGAAAAGCUCAAUGUGUUCCGCACGGUCCGAGAGAUCACCGGUUACUUGAACAUCCAGUCGUGGCCUCCCCACAUGCACAACUUCAGCGUCUUCUCCAACCUGACCACCAUUGGCGGGCGGAGCCUCUACAACCGCGGCUUCUCGCUGCUCAUCAUGAAGAACGCGAACGUCACGUCGCUGGGGCUGAGGUCCCUGCGGGAGAUCAGCGCGGGCAGCGUUUACAUCAGCUCCAACCAGCGCCUCUGCUACUACCACUCCCUGAACUGGCCGCGGCUGCUCCACGGGGACCGGACCCAGCAACUGGACAUCAAGAAGAACCGGCCAAAGAAGGAGUGCGAGGCCGCGGGCCUGGUGUGCGACGGCCUGUGCUCCGACGGCGGCUGCUGGGGCCCCGGGCCCGGCCAGUGUCUCUCCUGUCGCAACUACAGUCGCGACGGCGUCUGCGUCCCCGACUGCAACUUCCUCUCGGGGGAGCCCAGGGAGUUUUCCAGCGAGUCCGAGUGUUUCCCCUGCCACCCGGAGUGCCAGCUGGUGGAGGGCGGGGCCACCUGCAAUGGCUCGGGCUCCGAUGCCUGCACCCACUGUGUCCACUUCCGGGAUGGGCCGCACUGCGUGGGCAGCUGCCCGCAUGGGCUCCUGGGGGUCAACGGUCCCAUCAACAAGUACCCAGAUGGUCAGCGCGAGUGUCAGCUCUGCCACGAAAACUGCACUCAAGGGUGUGACGGUCCAGGACUGCGGGGCUGCCUGGGCGUACCCCUGGCCGGGGCAAGCAAGGCCCCCUUGGUGGUGAGCCUGGCGAUGGUGGGGAGCGUGGUCCUGGUCACCUUGGCCUCAGUGCUCGCCCUGCUGUACUGGCGCGGACGCAAGAUCCAAAAGAAGAGGGCUAUGCGACGCUACCUGGAGCGAGGAGAGAGCCUUGAGCCCCUGGACCCCAGCGAGAAGGCCAAUAAAGUCCUGGCCCGCAUCUUCAAGGAGACCGAGCUCCGGCGUCUCAAAGUCCUCGGUUCUGGCGUAUUUGGCACCGUGCACAAGGGCGUGUGGAUCCCCGAGGGUGAGUCCAUCAAGAUCCCCGUCACCAUCAAGGUGAUCCAGGACCCGAGCGGGCGGCAGGGUUUCCAGAGUGUCACCGACCACAUGCUGGCCAUGGGCAGCCUGGACCAUGCCCACAUCGUGCGGCUGCUGGGCCUGUGCCCCGGGGUGACGCUGCAGCUGGUGACCCAGUACCUGCCCCUGGGUUCCCUGCUGGACCACGUGAGGAGACACCGGGAUGCCCUGGGGCCUCAACUCCUGCUCAACUGGGGUGUGCAGAUCGCCAAGGGCAUGUACUACCUGGAAGAGCACGGACUUGUGCACCGGAACCUGGCCGCCCGCAAUGUCCUGCUCAAGUCUCCCAGCCAGGUGCAGGUGGCCGACUUCGGCGUGGCUGACCUGCUGCCCCCCGACGACAAGAAACUCUCCCACGGCGACAUCAAGACCCCCAUAAAGUGGAUGGCCCUGGAGAGUAUCCACUUCGGAAAGUACACCCACCAGAGCGAUGUCUGGAGCUAUGGUGUGACAGUCUGGGAGCUGAUGACGUUUGGGGCAGAGCCCUACUCUGGCCUGCGUCUGUCCGAAGUACCCGACCUGCUGGAGAAGGGGGAGCGGCUGGCCCAGCCCCAGAUCUGCACCAUCGACGUCUACAUGGUCAUGGUCAAGUGCUGGAUGAUCGAUGAGAACAUCCGCCCGACGUUCAAGGAGCUGGCCAACGAGUUCACCCGCAUGGCACGUGACCCGCCCCGCUACCUCGUCAUCAAGAGGGAGAAUGGGCCAGGCCUGGCCCUGAGCGACAAGGAGGUGGAGGUGCUGGCUCUGGAGCCAGACCUGGACUUCGACCUGGAGGAUGAGCUGGGCUCUGAGGUCAGCCUGCCCCUCAGCCUGCCGGCCCGGCCCCGUGGGAGCCACAGCCUGCAGAGCCCAGGGUCGGGAUACAUGGCCAUGAACCAACCCAGCCUCAGCCUCAGCAGCUCUCAACAGGCCGGGGUGCCCGGAGGGGAGCGGCCCCAGCGCCCGAACUCCCUGCGCCCGAACCGCCGGGGCCGGCUGGCGUCUGAGUCGUCAGAAGGGCGGGGCACAGGGUCGGAGCCGGAGCUGCAGGAGGGGCUCUCGCUGUCGGGGAGCCUGUGCUACAGUCCGCGGCCCCGGGGGGACAGCGCCUACCACUCCCAGCGCCACAGCCUUCUCACCCCGCACACCCCGCUCACCCCGCUCACCCCGCUCACCCCCACCGGCUUGGACGAGGAGGAUGCCAAUGGCUACGUCAUGCCUGACCGUCGCACCAAAGGUCUCCCCAGCUCGCGGGACGGCACCCUGUCCUCGUCCGUGGGGCUCAGCUCCGUCCUGGGCACCGAGGAGGAGGAGGAGGCCGACGACGCCGAUCAGGAGGAGGAGGAUGCCGACGAGGAGGAAUACGAAUACAUGAACCGGCAGCGGAAGCGAGGGCGAGGGCGAGCCCACGGCCCCGCCGCGGCUCCCACCCCAACGCCCCGGUCCCGGCCGGGCUCCCUGGAGGAGCUGGGCUACGAGUACAUGGAACUGAGCUGGGAGCAGAGCGCCUCGCUGGGCAGCACCCACAGCUGCCCCCUGCAACCCGAGCCCGCGGGAGCAGACGCUGCCGCCACCGACGACUACCAGUACAUGAACCGGCGGGGCGGGGGCUGCCCGCCGGGGGCCGGGGACUACACGGCCAUGGGGCCCGGGAGCCCUCCGUCGCCCCCCGCCCCCGGGGACCAGGGCUACGAGGAGAUGGGGACCCUGCGGAGGGCGGGUUCCACCGGGCGCCGGCCCUGUGCCCGCGACGCCCGCCUGAAGCCCCUGCGCUGCCUGGAGGUGGCCGACUCGGCCUUCGACAACCCCGACUACUGGCAUAGCCGCCUGUUCCCCAAAGCCGGGGCCCCCCGCUCCUGACCCCACCUGGACCCCUCCCCGACUCUCCCCACCUCUGGCAGCUGUCGCCCUCGGGCCCAAGGCCCCGGCGCGUUUCUCAUUUUUUUACUGAAUCAACGUGAUUUUAACCAA